UCUUUUUCCUUUUCCCUCUCGACGCUCCUACCACUGCCUUUAUUGCAUCUGUGCUGCGGGCCAGGGUGCCAGGGUGCCAGAGCCAUCUGGGAUUCCGCUCUUCAUUCUUCACCUUCUAGACUUUGUUCUUUGCUUCUUCUAGACUAACGCCAUCUCGGUGGAUUGGAUUUUUUCUCGGUUUUUCCCCACAGGGAACGCCGACGCCGUCGAAAAAAGCCAUGCCAACGCUGGCUGCUCGACGGUGUCUGCUUGUAUUCAAGGAUGGGCCGGCACCAUCACCCUCAUCUUCCUGAACACCUUUACAUUUCUCGAAAUCUUUCUCCCCCUGGUCAAUCCUCUUCGCAGUCGCAGUCGCAGUCGCAGUCCCAGCAUCAUUCUCUCCCUUCUACUUCCUCCUUUCUUAGUGUCAAGUCUGUACUCUAUCAUCCUUCCACGGCCGCUCUGCUACAAGAGACCGGUCGCACCACCGCCCUUGCAGUCGGCGAUCGUAUACCUGGCUUCAAAACCUCUGCCGCCUUCUUCAAUACCCUACGAGCAAAUCUGAUCCUAGACGCCGACUCAGCCCCGCCCUCCCUUUCUAAUACCCCGGACUCGCUUCGCCCUGUCACCAUGGCAUCAUCAAACUCGCUUCCCCCUCCGUCUCCUUCGGCCCUGGCCCAGACUUCCGAGUCGGAUGCUGUUGUAUCAGACAGUAACCAACAGAACUCCCAUUUAUCUCCGCUCGAUUUGAUUCCGGAGUUGAAAACCACCCUAGCCGUCACCGAAGACGACAAAGUCGAGGCCCUACAUCUCUUGGCAGAUUCGGUCGCGCAACAACGCCAGAUCGCCUCUACGGCCGUGCUAUUCCAUCCCGCGACACUUUCGCUCCUGGUAUUACUGUUUGGUCUGGUUUACCAACAUUUCUACAAGGGAUCCACGGGCGAUCUAUUGCUCGUCGGCACGACUUCAACAGGGGUUCUGAUGGCAGUGUUGGUUACCAUCCGUUGGCUUGUGGGUGGAUAUCUCGUCGAGGCCGAGCGGAUCGGAACAUGGAAGUGGUUGAAUCUAGGCCGUGAGGACGGAAACAGUGUUGGCGAUGAAGACGAGAUCUUGCUCACCCGCUUCGGUGAUGAAGUCAUUGGCACUCUGAUCCUUCGUGGACAGCGUGAAAACGGCAGUGGCAGUGGCAGUGACGGCACCACCGCCAACAAUUCAACGAGCCCGACCAAACGGUCGUCGCGCAAAACCCACCACCAGCAACCCGUCCACGGCGUCAUUCGCGGCUGGACCGUCAAGCAACGCUACCGACAUAAAGGAGUUGGCCAGGGUCUGCUGGAGGAAGCGGUUCAAUUGUGCCAGACCGAAGGUUGGGCCGGCCCGGAUUUCGCCCCAGACCACGCCAACAGUCACCGUGUGCUGCCGGCCGCGUUUAAUGGCGGCUUUGCCAAGCGAGAACGGUUGGCCCGCGACAUGUUGGAGCGAGUCAAGCAAGAUUGCGGCUCGUCGGGCUCGGGGCCCGUUGUGGCCAACACAAAGUCUGCUUCUGCCGGUGGUCGGACGCGGAAGAGAUGAUAGAAUGGGCUCUGCUGCAGUGUGCUCUGGUCUUCUCUUUUCCGCGCUUGUGCCGAAGUGUACAGAUUUGAAUAUUCGGUUUGCACAUUUCGACAUCCAUUGUAAUUUAGAUCGUGUGGGAUGUGAGAAAAUAGUGGUGAGAUUUAAUUAGUACAUGUCGAGGAUCAAAAAAGUAUACUACUAUGACCUGACACUCUACUCGGAAUUUCUCUCCAUGGCUGGCGGAAACCGAUUAUUGAAAAAACAAAAUGGACCACAACUUGAAGAGCGACAAAUAACAUCAUAAUCUCAUUCAUCAUUCAGGUCGAAUUCGUUAUCGAAAAACCGAGGCACAAAAACAUGAUUUUACAAAUCGUCGGCGGACAGACUUGUCCAUCGGUCCCCGGCGGAUUUCCUGCCAGUGGUUGUCCUCUGCCCCAUUCCAGUGGUAGUGUUACAAGACGACUUGUCUACCUUUCCAGGACAUCCGGAUGUAGAAGAGCCAUUCUGGUUCUUGGUAAUUUUGUCGCAACGGCCUUCAUCCACAGGCGGCAGCCACAGCUUGGCGUGGCCUAAGGCGUCGGGACUCAAUUUGCC